UAAAUGAUCUGUGAAAAAUAUUAAAGUAAUACUGAGAAAUGAAACAACAGUGGGGAAUCAAUAAUAAUAUACUGAAAAGAAGUGGAAUAACUAUUUGUCAGCGACAAAUUCAUUGGUCAGUAAAUUUUUAUCAGUGUCGAUAAUACUGGUUGUACGUGAGGAACAUCAUACGAGAUAAAUAGAUAGUCAAUACCAUAUUCAUUUAAAUGUUAACGUCAGACUAAAAAAUUUAUUCAGUAGCAUAUUGAACGAUGGAUAAACCAAAAGAGAUUAACAAUGCUAAUUCCAUUGAAUCUACCAAGACAAUACUCAAUACUAUAAAUCAUUCAUUAAUUGUUUUAACUCUUGGUUACAUUAUAUAUCUGAUUAAUUUUACAUUUUCAAAAAUUAAUAUUCACGUUUUGUGUUGUACAAUUGGGUAUGUGUUGUUAAUGUCUGAAUCUUUGAUGGUUUUAACAAAUGAAAAUAUAUGGUCACGUAAAAUAACGAAUUAUCGUAAUCGUUCACAUUUUCAUUGGGUGCUUCAAGCACUUGGUGCAAUUAUUAGUAUUAGUGGAGUUGUUAUUGAAUACAUAGGUAGAAAUGAAAAAAAUAAACCACAUUUAAGUUCAAUUCAUUCAAUUGUUGGUUUUAUAUCAAUCAUUAUAAUGUGCAUAAUGUGUUUAUCUGGUGCAACAAUGUUUUAUACAAUGAAAUUAAAAAAAUUAUUACGUCCAGUUGUUAUUAAGUUUAUUCAUGAACUACUUGGUAUAACAUGUUUCACACUUGGUAUGAUUGCUGAGUGUUAUGGUUUUAAUAAAAGCUGGAUGAGAUAUAAAGCCGGUGAUUAUAUUGCUGUACUUGCUAUUAUUUUAGUUAUAAUAAUAACUUCAAUAUGUAUCAUGCGACCAAUUAAAUCACUUUUACGUAAUUUUUUUGUUGUCAUCAGACAAAAUUAAUGUUUAUUAAUUUUUUUUUUUAUAUAUGUAUAAUAAAAAGUUUAAUAAUUUUUAUUAACCAACAUUAUAAAUGUUUUUAAUUAUUUUUUUUUUCUCCAUAUUUUAAUUUUAUUAUUUUUAGCUUUUAAUUAUUAUUUUAUAAUUUAUUCACAAAAGAAAAAAAAAAA